GAGCUUCCGGUCCUGAGUGCCCCCGACUUUUACUUUGAAAAUCCAGACCGGAUCUCUAUGUGUUGUUUAUAUGUCCUCCCAUAGUUCCUCUCCGACAGUCCUCCAGACCUGAACCCGAACCCGACAGUCCUCCAGACCUGAACCCGAACCCGACAGUCCUCCAGACCUGAUCCCGAACCCGACCAUGUGGUCUCUGCAGCUGCCGGUCUGUGUCCUCUUCCUCGGCCUCCUGCUGGUCUUGCUCCCCGGGUCUUCACCCCACCGGGUCCGGAUCCCUCCUCACGACCAGGUGGCCCGGGUCGCCCGGUUCGUGGCCCACCAGGUGGACUGGGCCUCCAUGGCCACCAUCUCAACCCACAAACCGGUGGUGGGUCAGCCUUUCUCCAACGCCUUCUCUGUGAGCGACGGACCACAGGGAUCCGGGACCGGGGUCCCCUACAUGUACCUGACCCGCAUGGAGAUCUCAGUGCAGGACCUGGAGGUGGACCCUCAGGCGUCCCUCUCCAUGUCUCUGGCUCAGACGGAUUACUGCAGACAGCAGGGCUUCGACCCUCAGAGUCCUCUCUGCGCUCACAUCAUCCUGUCUGGGUCCGUGGUGGAGGUGAACGGGACGGAGGCGGAGUUCGCUAAGAAGGCUCUGUUCAGCCGACACCCGGAGAUGAUCGACUGGCCGACCGACCACAACUGGUUCUUCUCCAAGUUCAACAUCACACAGGUCUGGGUCCUGGAUUACUUUGGCGGGGUGAAGACCGUGACCCCGGAGGAGUACUUCCAGGCUGAGCCCUGCAGGAAGCACCACUGAUGGUCUGACUGCUGGUUCUUGUAGUUCUACAGGUCUUUGUGGAAACUACAAAACGAGCGUCAUGGCGUCGUGAUGUCAUGACGAUAAUGUCAUGGUGAUGAUGUCACUCUCAGGUUUCCGUGGCGUCCGUCAGUCACUCUUUCACGUGUGAACAUGUGAAAUCAUAUCAGGUGUGUUGUUUUAUCAGCUGCAGUGUGUGAGUCUGAGCACCAGGGGGAGCUGCAGGUCCAGUCCUGGUCUCUGCAGACCUGUGAGGUCUAGGAUCAGGAUCAGGAUCAAAGUGCACUUUAUAACUUUAGAGAUUCAGACGUGUGUAAUGAUUAAGAUGAUCUUUAAUUGGUGACUCAGUUUAUUGAUUCUUUCAAUGACUACAUCUCCCAUGAGUCUCCGCCCCCGUCAGGCUGCUGAGGCUCAUGGGAGUUGUAGUUCUUAAAGGCUGAUUGUUAGAGGUGUCAUGUUUCAUUCUCUGAACGAUGAACUGAAGUUCUGAUCAGAGUUCUGGAUGUUUGAGACGUCCUGUUCUGAAUGAAUGUUUAACACAGCGCUGAAACCAGACAGGAGUGGGCGGGGCUUGUGUGAGUGGGUGGGACUUGUGUGUGAGUGGGCGGGGCCUGGACAAAAUGCCUGACUGGUGGGCGGGGCUUCUGUUCUUUCAGUGUGAUCCAAAGAUUUAUAUAAACUUUAUAACUGCUGUGAAAAUGUUUCUUUAAUAAAUAAAGAUUUUACUGACAGAUCUGGAA